AUGAAGGGACAAACACCUCCUAGCCAGAAGAAAAUGUCGGAUUCUGGUCAAUUUAACGACUCUUUGCAGAGGAGAAGGUCUCCGCGACUGACUUCUCCUUUGGUAAAUACAGCAAACAACAUGGCGCGUGAAGGUAGUGCCCCCGUCAAGCGGUUUACUGUGAGGAAAAUAAUGCCGAGAAAAACAGCUCCUGCACUCGGACACGACAAAGAAAACACACCGAGGCGGUCAGAGGGAAGCCAGGAGAAGAAGCAAAAGGUGUCUCCUCCUGGUUCUACCCGGCGAGGGCGGUCAUCCGGUGCUAAAAAAGCCGUCGUGCCUUCACCCAUCCUUCCGCCGUCAACGCCGACGACUCCCCCCUCGCAGCCGGAGCAGGAUCCACGCGACGCGGAGUGGUCACAGAAAGUUCGCCGCUCCUACACCAGAAUCAGCGACAAGUCCUUCAGCAGCCCCGACACUCGAGAGACUCUUUUCGGGUUCGAAACGCUGCAGACCCCCGAAGUUGGACCACCGGUCAGCCGGCUUAAGGCGCCUCUGGAGCUUUCGAGUACCGGGUCGGGGCUCGGUUCGUUCAUUCUGGACGCCGAGGACUCCGUUCCUGACCCCGAGAUUCCCGGGGUAGCGUUGGUGAAGCGGAAGAGGAGCCGGCGGAAGGUCCAGAAGGCCAUCGAUGAAACGGAACUGGACGCGCUUUCGGCGAAGAUGAACGCCGAAUUUCAGGAGGCCGAACAGUUCGAGUUGUUCGUGGAGUGA